AUGUCACAGGAUACUGCAGAGCCCAAUCAGCUUCAGGCUUCAGUACCUCAAGCCUGCAUUCCAGAAACAUCCUCUUGUCCAAUCGAUAUUCGACCUAGCGAAAGCUCGACGGGAGUGCAACCUUCGUCCGGUCAGGCAUUAGCAUUUAGCUCCGCCCCACCGAAACAAUUCGCCGUCCCGAGUAGCUGCAUACUUUCAAAACCUAGCAGCUCAUUCACAACAUGGGAUGACUCGACACGUUGCGAUUUCAUCAGCGAUGCAGACCUUUCUUUUAACGGCAAAAAAGGGCCUAUUCUAGAGGAGGCACCAUCACCGCCAAAACCGCAAUUACCAGUUAUGCCUCUAUUGAAGAGGGAGAAAGUGGAUCGGUCGCGACAGGCACACCGUAUAUUGCACAGCAGAGUGGCAAAGAAGGCACUACCAGAGAUUAGCGAAAAUUCGAAAGAAGGGGCUAAAUGA